AAGGGUAGAUAAAGUUUAUUUUACAUAUUUUCAUGUACAAGUCAACGAACAUUAUGUCACGGCAUUGGUGACUGACAACGCCCCUCUCCUCAUGGGAGAUGUGAUUUAAGAAGGUUUGUAACAGCUGCAAUACAUCAAUCAUCAAUGUAGGUGGGUAUGUAGUAUGUCACUAGUUUGACUGUGAUGAAUGAGACUCUUUUGUUUGUUUCAAUUGGGCGGGGCGUUAACAAAGUCCAGGGAGGAGCAAUUAUUAGUAGUUUGAGAGGCACAGGGUUCGGCGAAGGGAAAGUCGUUGCACUUCUGAAGAAUCUUGCCAUCGGACAUCAUGAGCUCUGGGACAACUGAGCAAAAUGAGGUAAAGGAGGAAGCAGCUGCAGCUGCUGCAGCAGGAAAGAAAAGAGAGUGGAAGUGUCCUCUGAGUGAUCGUCACAUCCACCGGGACGAAAUGAGAAAGGUUUGGAAAGAGUGUCAAGAGGAAAGUUUCUGGUAUCGAGCUCUUCCGCUGUCCUUGGGUAGCAUGGCCAUUACAGGACUUCUCAUCAACCAGGGUACUCUGACAUCAUCAAAGCGUUUUGGCCCUUUUCCAAAGCUUGCAGUUGCUGGUGUUGUUGGUUACUUGGUGGGGAAGGCGUCUUACAUGAGAACAUGCCGUAGCAAGUUUGAGACACUUGGUUUUGAAGGUCGACCGCCUGUGGGACCCUGGUCUGAAGGGGGUCCUUUUAAUUGGAAAGGCUCUGGUCCUUAUGGUCCUGGACACAGACGCUGUCACCACGUGUGUGAAGAAUGCAAAAAAGCACCAGCAACACCUGCAGAAGAUGUUAAAAGCUAGAGGUGAAUGAAUGGUUUCUAAACAUUGGAUUAAAGAAAUUUGAAAAUGAUGCGAAUUCUCCCUUAACAAGCUGAGAAUGUUGCAUGUCUUUUUUUUUUUUUUAACAAUCAACCAUUUGUUUUCCUUGUCAUUGCCUGAAACUAAUUAUCAUGAGCAAGUUUUUUU